AAGUCGGCUCCGCCUUCGCGGCCUGUCCAAAUCACUGGAUGCGAUAUUCAAACAACUGUUAUCUGUUUGUUACUCGCUACCCUAUGGAAUGGAUUGAUGCAAUGACCUUUUGCAAGGCAUACGGAGCAAUUCUGGCAGAACCAAAAACGUAUUAUGUAAACGACUUUCUAAGACAUGAAGCUAGACGCCUUAGAGGAUAUUUUUGGCUUGGAGGUUCUGACAUCUUUAUCGAAAGAACAUGGAUGUGGAUGGGCAGCAACACCAGGAUUAAAUUUUCUGCUUGGGGGCCUGGAGAACCCAAUAAUAGUGGUGGUAGUGAACAUUGUAUGCUUGUAGCGGAAAAUGUAAAUUAUCUGUGGAAUGAUGGGCAUUGUCAAAGUAGAUUAAAAUUUAUUUGUGAAAAACCUGCGUAA